GGGGAGAGAGAAGAUGGCAAAGCGGGCGGGUACUUACAACGUUCUAAAUGUAUGGCGGCUAGAGGCAGGCAGCUGGCACGACUGCAAGUCCGCGUAUGAUAGGCCGGCUGGGGAGACGAGGUGGAUGCCAAUGGCGCGCAGAGGAACGAGGCGAGUGGUGGCCCGAAAUAGACGCCCGGGAGAAGUCGAUAGAGGAUGUACAGAUGAUGCGGCCAGAAGCUUGGUUUAUGGGCAGAUGUGACUGCAAUGCUUUGUGCUUAUCCUGUCGGUCAGCGUGGCAAUAUGCAACGCUGUCGCUCUGGAUUGCGCUCUGUCUCUGUCUAUGUCUCUGUUCCUCUUUUUUUGCCGACGUAAGAUGGGUCAGAGGUUGAGGUGAUGGAUGAAUGUACCUCUGGCGUCUGGAGCGCCUUCAGACGUUAAGAGAGCAUGG